CAAACGGGGACAAAUGUGGAUAAUGUUGUCUCGGAUAGCAACAUUUGCGCAUUUAACGAUCUUCCAACACUGUGGGGCGAAUGAGGCGAAGAAGAACACGUAGAUUCGACCCCGGCGACGUCAAUAAACGACUAACCAAUUAUAUAAAGAGCAAACUCUAUCUGCAUCUUUAUACCUCGCAAUAAUUCGUAAAACAGAGAAAGAGAGAGAGACAUUGAGAGAUGGCCGAACUCGGAGGAAUUACGGAUGUGGAAGGCGCUGCGAACAGCUCAAAGAGGGCCAUAAGCGGAGGAAUUACGGAAGUGAAAGACGCUGAGAACAGCUUAGAGAUGGCAAGCCUCGCUCGAUUUGCCGUUGACGAACACAACAAGAAAGAGAAUGCUUGUCUUGAGUUCAGCAAAGUCGUGAAUGCGAAGCAGCAGGUUGUUGCUGGAAUGAUGUAUUAUAUAACACUGGAAGCAACCAAUGGUGGUCAAAAGAAAGCUUAUGAAGCGAAGGUCUGGGAGAAGUCAUGGAUGAAAUUCAAGGAGUUGCAGGAAUUCAAGCCCAUCGGUGAUGCUCCUUCACACCCUAGGCUAGUAAUGACUGAUGUUCCAUGUGCAAGCAAAGCAUGGUAGGUUCCUUGUUGUAAGUUUAUUUUUAAGGCAUAAACUGAUGUUGUCAGUCAAACUCAGGUGAAGGUUCCAGUUGAAGGAUGUAAAGCUUUGAAGGUUCUGACCCAUUUGAAUGAAUAUUGGGGCUAUAUGCUUCAGUUUUUACUAGUACUGUGUAAUCUUGUUUUCUAUCUGAAACUUUCUAUGUUCUGUAUUAACUUUUAGCCUUGGAUUUGAUGGGAAUUAAGGACCUUUAUGAUAAAUAAAUAAAAUUGCAUGUUUAACAUUGCAAAACA